UGGGAUGAGAGGAAGAAGUUACUAGUUUAUUGGGAUGAGAAGAAGAAGGAGGAUGCAAGACCAUGUGGCUGCUGCUGAGAUUUUAGCUGUAGUUGUGGAUCUUGGCCCAUUUUUCUGAAAACCAGGAAAUGCCCCAUACUUUGAUGUGGCUGCUGAGUUAGGGCGUUCCACAAGAGGAGGUUGUAUUGAUGAGGAAACCUCUGGAACUAUGGGAACGGCUUCCUCCAUGGUGAACCCAAUGGGCACUUUUGGGGAAGUGAUUGAAGACACGUAUGAGGGAGGUGGUGGUGAAGCCUGUGAAAUCCCUGUGGAGGUGAAACCCAAAGCUCGCCUUCUGCGCAGUUCCUUCCGUCGCGUAGGUACAUCACGGGCUGGAGGCCUUAUUGGUGCCAGCUUCAAGUCCACAGCUUCAGUACAAGAACUGGAGUGUAUGGCAGAGUAUGAACGUCUGAAAAAAGAGUAUGAGAUCUUCCGCAUCAGCAAGAACAAUGAAGUGGCAGCGAUGAUGAAGAAAGAGGCUAAGCUGGACACGGAGAACAAGCGCCUGAGGGCAGAGUUACAGGCACUUCAGAAAACCUAUCAGAAAAUACUCAGAGAGAAGGAGAGUGCUCUUGAGGCCAAAUACCAAGCCAUGGAGAGAGCGGCUACAUUUGAACAUGAUCGGGAUAAAGUCAAAAGGCAGUUCAAGAUUUUUAGAGAAACCAAAGAGAAUGAAAUUCAGGACUUACUGAGGGCCAAGCGAGACCUGGAAGCAAAACUGCAGAGGCUGCAGGCUCAAGGCAUCCAAGUAUUUGAUCCUGAAGAAUCAGAUUCAGAUGACAGCUGUACUGAGGUGACUGCUACUGGAGCUCAGACUGAGUAUUGGACAGGUGGAGCUUUGGGAAGUGAGCCAUCUAUGGGAAGUAUGAUGCAGCUUCAGCAGUCUUUUAGGGGACCUGAGUUUGCACACAGCUCCAUAGAUGUAGAAGGACCUUUUGCAAAUGUCAAUAGAGAUGACUGGGAUGCAGCUGUUGCCAGUUUACUGCAGGUCACUCCACUGUUUUCCCAUUCUUUGUGGAGUAACACAGUAAGGGUAUAUCUUAUCAAGACAGAGGAGACUCAGCAAGAAGUAGACAUCUUCCUACAUAAAUACUCUCCAAAACUUCAGAAGUACUGUGAGACAAUGGAGUACUUCUUCCAAGUUGUUCAUUUUCCAGUAGAGACUGAAACUUCUUUCCAGGCUGUUAGGAAGUGGGAAAUUGAGAAGAGUUCUCUGGCUGUUUUGUUCUUACAUCUAACUCUGCCAAGCUUUCUUCUGGAUGAAUGUGAAGAAGCCUUUCUGAAGAACCCUGAAGGGAAGCCCCGGCUUAUCUACCACCGAGUGGGAGAUGGACAAGUCAGUUCAGAUUCUGCGGAGCAGUUAAUUGAGCAGGUUCAUUAUGUGAACAAAGCCAAGAUCAUCAGGCAUUCAGGAGGUCCAGAAGAGGGAGCGUUUGAAGUUUAUAAUUAUGUGGAAAAGACCAUAAAACAGGACAUAUUGGGUUGUGAAAUCACACAACCAGAAGAGAAAGAUGCAACAGAUAGUAGUGAAGCCUCUGCUUCUGAAGAGGAGAUUUUUGGGGACGUCCUGUGGGAUGCGCAUGAUGAACAAGAACAGAUGGAGGCUUUCCAGCAGGCUUCCAACUCGACUUGUGAGCUUGGAUUUGAGAAGUAUUACGAGCGUCUGAAUGACCUGGUGGCAGCUCCAGCACCAAUUCCACCCCUCCUUGUGUCUGGAGGACCAGGAUCUGGGAAAUCUCUCCUUCUUUCAAAGUGGAUCCAGUUGCAACAAAAGCACUCGCCAAAUACGCUCAUUCUGUACCAUUUUGUUGGUAAACCUUUGUCUAGCAGUUCGGAGCCUGCGUUGAUUCUCAAACGCUUCACUUUAAAGCUUCUGCAGCAUUCCUGGUUAGUCUCACCUUCAACACUGGAUCCAGCCAAAUUAUCAGAAGAAUUUCCUCGUUGGCUGGAGAAACUUUCUGCUCAUCACCAAGGUGGUAUUAUAAUAAUUAUUGACUCUAUCGAUCGAAUCCAGCAAGCGGAAAAGCAUAUGAAAUGGCUGAUCGAUCCCCUGCCAGUGAAUGUAAGGGUUGUGGUAUCCGUGAAUGUUGAAACUUGCCCCCAGGCAUGGAGGUUAUGGCCGACUCUUCAUCUUGAUCCACUGAAUGCUAAGGAUGUCAAAUCUCUCAUUAAUAAAGAAUGCAGCUGUGCAGACCUGAAGCUAACUAAUGAGCAGGAGAAGAAGUUUGAGAAACUCUGCCAUUCAGCUGCAACUUGUAAUGCUCUUUAUGUCACUCUUUUGGGCAGAAUGGUGGCUGGUGGCAGAACGACAGAAAAUAUUGAUGCAAUCCUCCAAAAGUGCUUCCAGUGCCAAGAUACAGUGUCCCUGUACAAGUUUGUUCUGAAAUCAGCUGAAGAAUCCUUGAGGAGUGAGAGAGACAAAGGCCUCAUGAAAGAGAUUCUCUGUCUGAUUAGCGUUAGCCACAAUGGGAUCAGCGAAUCAGAACUGAUGGAACUCUGCCCUGGACUGUCUUGGGAACUGCUGUCUUCCUUAGUUUACACUUUGCACAAGAUGUGCUUUCUGACAUACGGCUGUGGCCUGUUAAAGUUUCAGCACCUCCAGGCUUGGGAAACAGUGAAGCUGGAGUACAUGGGAGGUGGUCAGAAUAUUUCUGAGCUUUUCAGAGAAAAGCUGAUAGACUAUUUCACUAUGCAACUAAAUGCAGAGAGAGUCACUUGGAGGAGUGCCGAUGAACUACCUUGGUUGUUCCAGCAGCAGGGCGACAAACAAAAGCUACACAAGUGCCUGCUGAACCUCUUUGUGUCCCAGAACCUUUAUAAAAGGGGCCACUUUGCAGAACUGCUGAGCUACUGGCAGCUUCUUGGCAAAGAUAAGAGUUCCAUGGCAGCGGAAUAUUUUUGCUCUUUGAAGCUCUAUGAGACAAGUUGUGAGGGUGAAGAAAGCAUGAUAUCUCUGGCUGACCUCUAUGAGACACUGGGGCGAUUCGUUAAAGACCUAGGCCUUCUUAGUCAGGCAAUUGCUCCUUUGCAACGCUCCUUGGAAAUUCGAGAGACUGCCCUGGAUCCAGAUCAUCCCAGAGUAGCCCAGUCGCUUCAUCAGUUAGCAGGUGUUUAUGUGCAGUGGAAGAAGUUUGGCAAUGCAGAGCAAUUGUAUAAGCAAGCUCUUGAAAUCUGUGAAAGUGCUUAUGGGGCCGAACAUCUCCGGAUUGCUCGUGAACUGGAUGCUCUCGCAACAUUGUACCAGAAGCAGAACAAAUAUGAGCAAGCUGAGCAGUUGAGGAAGAAGUCCUUCAGAAUUCAACAAAAAUCUGCCAGACGAAAAGGCAGCCUGUAUGGGUUUGCUCUUCUUCGCCAACGAGCCCUGCAGCUGGAAGAGAUGACUUUGGGCAAAGAUACAUCUGAUAAUGCACGAACACUGAAUGAGCUUGGAGUGCUCUACUACCUUCAGAAUAACCUUGAGACAGCAGAGCUUUUCCUGAAACGCUCCCUGGAAAUGAGAGAACGGGUUCUUGGGCCUGAUCACCCGGAUUGCGCCCAGUCCUUGAAUAAUCUUGCAGCUCUAAACAAUGAGAAGAAAAACUACGACAAGGCAGAGGAGCUAUACGAGAGGGCAUUGAACAUUAGGAGGAGAGCAUUAGCACCAGAUCACCCUUCUCUAGCUUACACUGUGAAACACCUUGCCGUGCUCUACAAGAAAUUGGGGAAGCACGAUAAGGCUGUACCUUUGUAUGAAUUGGCCGUUGAAAUCAGGCAGAAAUCUUUUGGUCCAAAGCAUCCUAGUGUGGCUACUGCUUUGGUCAACUUGGCAGUUUUGUACUGUCAAAUGAAAAAACACUCCGAAGCCUUGCCUCUUUAUGAACGUGCACUGAAGAUUUAUGAAGACAGCUUUGGGCGCAUGCAUCCUCGUGUAGGAGAGACAUUAAAAAAUUUGGCAGUGCUGAGCUAUGAAGGAGGAGAUUUUGAGAAAGCUGCUGAGCUCUAUAAGAGAGCCAUGGAAAUCAAAGAAGCAGAGACUUUGUUGAUUGGUGGAAAGGCUACUUCACGUCACUCAUCAAGUGGAGACACCCAGAGUUUGAAGAGCACUUUCUCUCCCAAUGUCUUUUUGCAACAUGCACGAAGGUGACACACAGGACCACAUGGAGGCCAGGAUCCAGGGGUGUCUUUUCACAUUCAACAGUGGUGAAACUGGGACUUUCAUACUCUUGCAGUCCUCUGUUGCACCAAGAGCCCAUUUACUGGUAAUCAGAGCUAAGAUCUUGUAAGAAGAUACUUCUUAUGUCAAAAAAAUGAGCCCUGUACUGCAAAAGAGAUGGGGGAUGUGCUUUAACCUGCAUUCAGAACACUAAGUGCUCUCCUCUUAAACCAUUUUCAGUAUUGCUAAAUAUUGUAUGUAUCUUUGCACAUGGUAAAAGUAGUUAUAGCAACAUUCCUAUCCUAAAUAUAUUAUUAUUCAGGAACAGUCACAUUAACUGCAACUGCCAUUAGAUACUUGUUUACAUACUUAAUAAUAAUGCCUUAGAAUGUUCCUUUCUGAGGUUUUCUUAACAUAGACAGUCAUGGCCAAAAAUAUUGACAGCCUUGCAAUUCU